GUGAAUACAGUGUUUAUGGAAUUUACUGUAUGUCAACAACAAUAGUCAUAAUAAAGUGCAUUUUUUUUUGUAACUUCUGAUAUAAUGGCUUUGGUUUGGAGUAUCAAAAAUGGGGACCUGGAGCAGGUUCAAACUAUUUUGGAAGAGUCGAAUGUUGCUAAUAAUGAAAUAGACGGUAGAUAUCCCGUGCAUUAUGCCGCCGAUUAUGGUCAAUAUGAUGUAUUGAAACUACUGAUUGAUUUCGGAGCUGAUGUUGAUAAAAAAGAUAAGCAUGGUAUUACUCCACUGUUGGCAGCUAUUUGGGAGGGUCAUGAGAAAUGUGUAAAUUUGCUUUUAGAAAAAGGUGCUUCAAAAGAUGGAACAACACUAGAUGGAAGGCCUUAUCAUGAAGCCGCGGAAAAUGAAAACAUUCGCAAAUUGUUGUUAUAAUUUAUUGAUUUCUGUACGUGUUGACUGAUAAUAUUCAUUCAAUGUUUAAAAUGAUCUGGAAUAUAUAGUAUUCAAAUAUGCUGUAAAAUAUAUAUUUAUUUAAUUUGAA